AUCGCAAAACCACACCCCGCUGCCUUCUAAUCGAAUGACUUGCUUAUCUUCGCUCUUGCAAUUUUAAAAUGUGUCCUGGCCCGCGACUCGAUGCCUCUGGAUCAACUCACCGUUCGGCGCAUGUCCAAGGUAAGUCUCUCGUGUGGGACUAAGCCCGCCAGAGCGAAGCCUGGCUCCUACGGCCGAUGCAUAAGUGGACUUUGCUACAGACAACACAUCGACGAGGGCAGUAGAGCAUGUGUUGGGAGUAUUCCUCUGUGGAUACACAGCAACCUCACUCGGUUGUUCUCCCCGCAAUAUGCCGCAUCGGAGAUUUGAUGUAGCUACAUGGAGCAAGCGGCGCUCAUCGGAUGCCGUAACCCCACCUUUGGCAGACGAUAAGCUGUGAAAAGAUGGAAUCAAGGAAAUCUUCGUCAAUUCAGUUUUCUUUCUUUUUGUUGUACCAUCAAGACACUCUGCAUUGUGAGAAGCGAUGUUGUUCAAGGCUCUGCCAUCGUUGGCUCUGUUGGUCGACGUGACCACGGCCAGCUAUGCCUUCUACGUCGGCAAAGCCUUGACUGAAGAUGGCAGUGUAAUGGUCGGUGGCACUGGCGAGGAGGUGUCUUCGCACUGGCUCGAGAUCUUCCCUGCGAAAGAUUAUCCCCCAAAUGCGACCGUCGAGGUGGGCGUUACGGAAGCUGCUUCCAUGCCCGGCAGACGGCUCAACAUCUCACAAGCCGCCCACACAUUCCGCUACCUGUCCAUGGAGUACUCUGAUUACGAAGGCUUCCCGGCACCGCUGACCAAUGGAGGUCUAAAUGAGAAGGGCAUUGCUGUGAGAGACGUGUGGGCGCAGAACAGAGACGACCUCAUUGCCAUGACACCCAACCCUCAGACCGGUCUGCAGUACUCCGAUCUAGCACGUGUUGUGAUGGAACGAGCAAGCACUGCGCGUGAGGGUGUGGAAAUCAUUGGCCAAUUGAUCGCUGAGUAUGGCUAUGCCGACUACGGGGGUAACAGCCAUCUCAUCGCCGAUGCGAACGAAGGCUGGGUGGUGUGGGAGAUGUCAGGAGGCCUCAAGCUGUGGGCUGCUGAACGCCUCGGCCCGGAUGUCGUGCGUGUUUUGUAUCCAGGAUACAUUGAAGAUUUCCCCGUCGAUUUCGCAAACAGCACAGACUACAUGGGUUCGCCAAACAUCGUCUCGUUCGCGGUUGAACAGGGCUGGUGGAACCCAAACGGUACCGAGCCCUUCAACAUCUGGAAAGCGUACGGCACCGCCAGCGGCAACUACACCGCUAGAGACGGCGGCUACAAGUACAUGUCCCAAGCCGCCCUCGAAGAAGCCACACUUGCCAUGGCCCCCGUCACCGAAAAGGACCUCAUUGCGCGCGUGCGCGACUACCGCAUCGCCGAUGACGAAGCAGGCUACGGUCAAGUCGUCUCUCUGCACGCCGACACCGACCCAGACCUCCUUCAGAUCUGGGUCGCGCCCACAGGCUCUGUAACUGCGCCCUUCAACCCCUGGUGGCUGGGCGUCCACAGCGUGCCGCCCGAGUACGGCCAGCACCGCUACCUGACCGCGGACGCAGCUUCCACAUUCCUCGACCCCGACUUCCAGUUCCAGGAAGCCACGCACUUUGCGGGCCGCAUCUAUAAGCAGGCGCUGUUCUACACCUGCUCCAACCCGGACUCGUUUUUGCCUGUCGUGCAGAACAUGCUACAUGGGUUCGAAAACGCGUCGUUCAGCGACCUGGCGUGGGUGGAGGGCAGCGCUGCAACGCUGAUUGAGAAUGGUCAGCGCGAGGAGGCGCUCAAUCUGCUGACGUUUUACGCUCACACGCGCGCGGAGAAGGCGCUUGGGCUGGGCAAGACGGUGGUUGAUGCGUUGGAUGCGUAUGUCAAGUUGACAGGCGCAUUCCGCGUUCCUUCUGGCUCGCGCAUCAACGAUCCGGGGCUGGGUGCUGAGACGGUGAAUUGCCUGGUUGGGUGGGAUCCGGACCAGCCAGCAGACCAGCAGACGCCGUUGAGGCGGAGGUGAUGGAUUGUUGAUAAGUGUACGGUGUAUAGGACUCGCUAAGUAAAACUCCUGCUCCUGUAAUAGUAGUGAAAAUGUAGACUUAACACAUAGACUUUCCUACCGGGGUUUGAAAACUACGACCUCCUAUCUGCUGAUUAGACCUUUCAUAUGAUCAUAUGGAAUCGACUAAAUCCUGAUAGCUUUUCAUGGUAAUGCCCUCUCUGUGAACACUUUGGAAACAACU